CAUAAGGGCAUGGAAGCUCUGGUUUUGGUUUGAUCAAAAUGAUGGCAUGAGAUGCAUUCAUUGAACCUGGACCUGAAUUUGGAUACUGUAAUCUUCAAUGUUCAGGUUGAUUGCUCAGCAAGAUCAUCCUUUACUCCAAGGACCUCAAGUUGCAUAAAUUGAUCGUUUACCAGUUCUUGUGCUCUCUGCUGACCUUCAGCGAGUUAUAAAGUACCACUUCUCAGAGAGGUUUCCAUAUGCAAUUUAGACUCCUUCCAUGUCUCAAUCGGUCAACCGAAAUCAUUAUGAAGAAACCUCUAGGGCUUCAUUGAAUCCAUUGAUAUAUAUAUACACACGACCUUAAUACCUUAUAUAAAUGGGCAAGAAGAAUAAGAUUGUACUACCGCCUGAACUCCCCCCAGAUAUUUCUGAGGACGAAAUUGAAGUCUCCGAUGAGGACUUGCAGUUUGUCAACGAGAAUCGUGACUAUGCCGGCUUCGUCUCCAAAUUGGAUACCCAAUCCAUUACCAAGCAUGUUAAACGUGUUGCCGAUGUAAAAGAAGAUGCUUUGGAGUCCUUAUAUGAGAAGCGGUCGAGAAAGAAGUCGGUAGAGAAAGAAAGGGAGGACAAAGGGCUUGAAGUUGAUCCCGUGGAUGCCCUUCCCGUGAAGACUUUAGAUGGAAAACUUUACUACAGGACGGUAUCAAAAACAUCUAAAAUUGCACCAAGUGAGAGUGAAAAUGAAGCCGAUGGUGAUAAUGGAGAUAAAAGUGUUGUGAAGUUGACAAAAGCAGAAAAGUGGGCGAAGCUCAAGAAAAUGAGGAAAGAGGCAAAGCAACAAGAGAAGCUGGUUACAGAAGAAGAUGAAGUGCAACAACAAACCCCUCAGGCUGAAGUUCUGGCUGAGGUGAAAAAAGAGCUCUCAGCUGAAGAAGCCAACGAAGGAAAAAAGUAUAGACUUGCAGAGUUGGGAACAACUCUGCUUACGGACCCAGAAUCAAAUAUCAAAUCUCUUAGAGAGAUGCUGCAGCUCUCAAAAGACGGAGAUCAUGCUAUAGUUGCACUUGGACUAAAGUCUUUGUUGGCUGUUUUCAGAGACAUCAUUCCUGGCUACAAGAUCAGGCUGCCCACUGAAAAGGAACAGGAAAUGGUUGUUUCAAAGGCUGUCAAGAAAAUGCGGUACUAUGAAUCUACCCUCCUGUCUGCAUAUAAGGCAUACCUCCAGAGGUUGAUAGCCUUAGAACAGCAGGCCUCAUUUCACCGUGUGUCCGUUCGUUGUAUGUGCACUUUGCUAGAUGCUGUUCCUCACUUCAACUUCCGUGAGAACUUAUUAGCUGCUGUUAUCAAGAAUAUAAGCUCCCAAGAUGAUGUCGUAAGAAAACUCUGUUGUGCAACUGUUAAGUCACUUUUUACCAAUGAGGGAAAACAUGGUGGUGAAGCUACCAUAGAGGCUGUUCGAUUGAUUGCAGAUCAUGUGAAAUCUCAUGAUUGCCAAUUGCACCCGGAUUCCCUCGAGGUUUUCUUGUCUUUAUCGUUUGAUGAGGAUAUUGGAAGGCCAGAAACGUCAAAAGUAGAUAAUAAACAUAAAUACAAGAAAAAUAAAAAAAGAAAGAAUUUUGAGGAGCCAAGUCAAAUGCAAGGCAACGACAGAAAGAAAAGUCGGAAAGAAUUGAUGUCAAAGACAAGAGAGGAGGUCAAUGCUGAUUUCAAGGCUGCUUCAAUUACUCAAGAUGCCAUGGAGCGGAGAAGGAUACAGUCAGAGACACUUUCUGCUGUAUUUGGAACUUACUUCCGCAUCUUGAAGCGCACUAUGCAGCCAAUUGCAGACAGAUCUGAAUGGGGCGUAAAUUCAAUUCCUGGUGCAUCUGGGUGCCACCCGUUACUAGCUCCAUGUCUGGAUGGAAUUGGAAAAUUCUCUCAUCUGAUUGACUUAGAUUUUAUGGGCGAUCUUCUGAAUUAUCUAAGAAAGCUUGCCGGAGGCGGCAGUAACUUGGAUGGAUCUUCUGAGAAUUCCUUAAAACACUUGACUGUAUCUGAACGGCUGCGGUGUUGCAUUGUUGCUUUCAAAGUAAUGAGGAGCAAUCUUGAUGCCCUGAAUGUUGAUUUGCAGGACUUUUUUGUCCAGCUAUACACUCUUAUACUUGAGUACAGGCCGGGAAGGGACCAGGGUGAAGUUUUAGCUGAAGCACUGAAGAUAAUGUUAUGUGAUAAUAGACAACAUGACAUGCAAAGAGCUGCUGCAUUCAUAAAACGUUUGGCUACAUUCUCUUUAUGCUUUGGAUCUGCAGAAUCAAUGGCUGCGUUGGUUACUUUAAAGCAUCUUCUUCAGAAGAAUGUCAAGUGCCGGAAUCUGUUAGAGAAUGAUGAUGGAGGUGGCUCAAUUUCAGGUCCCAUUGCGAGAUAUCAACCUUAUGCCUCGGACCCAAACCUUAGUGGUGCCCUUGCUUCGGUCCUUUGGGAACUCAACCUUCUAACCAAGCAUUAUCAUCCUGCUGUUUCGACAAUGGCUUCAGUAAUUUCAACCAUGAGUGCCGAUCAUGACCAGAUUUAUCGUUCCACUGUCUCUCCUCAACAAGCUUUCGUGGAGUCAUCACUUGAACGGGAGUCAUUCAACCCAAAGAUUGACACCAGGAAACUGACUCAUAAGAGGAAAAGAGGCGGUGCGUCUUCCAUACCAGCAGGUAUUGGGUCUCAUCCUGAUAAAAUGAGUCAGAUUGAUGAAGAUGUGGUGAGGAAGAAACUUUCCGAGCAUUUCUCACUUCUCCGCGACAUCAGUGAAAAUGAGAGGUUAAGGGCGGAGUUGGACCAUACAAAAUUGUCCUUGGAUUUAUAUAAACAGUAUAAGAACCAAAGAAAAACAAAACAAAUUAACAAAAAGAUGAUAAAUUAUUGACCGUCUGACUGAUAUUUCUGUAGCCCAACAAAUUUUGAAUCUUGUGAAGAGUUGUUUCCGGAUUUAGGUAAAUUCUUCUGUGAAUUUAUUUUCCCAUUCAAUGUGCUAUUGGUGGUUGUUUUGACCGUGUUAGUUUUAUGAAGUUGCUAUUGAAUUAUGAUUGAAUGUGUCUUGCAA